AUGGCCUUAGGGCUUGUUUGGUUACAUCCGUUCCCGGGGGGUUCCACUACUUUUCCCGGGGCGAACAAACCCCGGGCCGAAUUGCCCCGGGUGAACCCACCUAGCCGUUUGGACUCCCGUGAGCCCGCUAUUCCGCGUCGAUUCCGCGUCCAACCCGGGGAGCCCGUUCCACCAGUCGUGAGGCGAGGAAGAGAUUCCGCGAGGCGACUCGCGUCGGGCGGCGACUCGGGCGGCGACGACGACAGGAUCUCCUCCCCUCCCCACCUCCGGCAACCGAACCCCUCCCCUCCCUACUCCGGCAACCAGACCCAAGCCCCUCCACACCUCACAUCCAUCCACAUCGCCUCGAAGCCCCUUCCCUCCCCGCCGGAGUGCCUCGAAGAUCCGGAGCUGUUCUCCGCCACCAUCGUACCCCCGGUCCGCCUUCAAGAUCUUCUCUGCUCCGGCAGCAACGACGGUGGUCCGAUCCAGAUUCUUGGUACAGCGAGGAGCAAGAAACGGAUCAGAUCGUGGUUUCUACUAAUGUUUGGAUGCGCUGCAUACUCAUUACUUCUAGACUUGCAGUCAUAGUUGACUGUUUAGGCUAUAAUUGCACCUUUUGGCUUUAGUUUGGAUUGGAGUUGAUAACAGGAAGUUCUAAUGUAUUUCAUACAUUUAUCCAGUUACUUCAUGUCGCAAGAGUUCAGAUAGAACUAUGGUAAUAUGUUCUAAUAAUUUGGGUACAAAGGUCUGGCUUGAACCGUCUAUGGUAUACCCAAGCAGUAGGAUCAAACUUGUAAGCUUGUCAUGAUCCAGAAGAAUAAAGUUUUGUUUCUGCCA